AUGCGAAACGCAGCUUUGAACGCAAUAGUACAGAAUUCUCGGCAACGAAUUACGGUAAAUGUCGAAAAAGAAGCCUUUGGGGAGGUUCAGAUUCCCGGGAAAGGGGUAGGGGUGGUUGCUAAGCGAUCUCUUCACAAAGGCGACUUGCUCAUUUCGGAGCCUCCUUCAUUGGUGGUACACCUAGACAUGCGAGCCGCUGUCCCAGAGAAACAGCGCCUUCGAAUGCAACUGGAGGGCGUGGAUAGACUCCCGCUUUUGACGAAGUCGGAGACCAUGGGAUUGAUGGGCCACUGGGGAGGGGACCCUGUGGAGGAUAUCUUGGACACGAACUCAUUCACGGUCACUGUGCAUGCAGCAAACGACCAUCAUGCAUUGUUCAUACAGACUUCAGUAAGUCUUUGCUUCCUCGAAUACAUAGCUCAUAUGGGACGAUAUCCUGAUGUUCUUUAUUCUAGAGGCUCAAUCAUGAUUGCCGGCCAAAGUGAGAAUAUCCUUAUCAAGAAGCACCUCAAAUGCUUACUGCUAUUGUCGGACAGUUGCAUGUACACCUUUGACCCAAAAACCUUCACACAGAACAUGUAUACGAUACGGGACAUCAGUCCUGGCGAAGAGCUCACCAUUUCAUAUAUUGACCCUACAGUGACCCAUAAAGAACGACAGGAGGCGAUCAGCUUCUGGGGCUUCAAUUGCUCUUGCCAUACUUGCACGAUGAGCCCAGAGGCCAUUGAACAAUCCGAUGAAAGAAUUCAGCGUAUUAAUCGCUACAAGAAAUUACUCAAUGACUGGUCUACACCUCAAAAUAACGCAACUCCCGAAAUGGCGAGGACGUUAGUGGACCUGUACACAAAGGAGAAUCUUUGGUGUCACAUUGCAGAUGGCUACCGACUUGCAGCCCAUGCAUACAAUGCCGUGCGAGACAGAGGGAAUGCCUUGAGAAUGGCUAAUCUCGCAUUUGGGUAUGGUUUGCAGGCCUGGAGGUAUAUGGGACGCAAAAUGAUUGACAUGCUGGACCUGAUGACUAGCCCCGAAGAACAUUGGACUUGGGGUCAGAGAGUCGUGAUAGACACUGCCUGA